AGACUCAAAAUGUGAACAACAACUCCUCCUCCUGAUCUAAGUCACAAAACCAUAAAAGAAAACAGACCCCAUUUCACUAAUACUAAAAAACAUCCCUUUUUUCCUUAAAAAAAAAAAAAACAUUUUCAAUUUGGGUCCAAAAUGGCAGCUGCUCUUGAAUGCUGGUCUAGCCGUACAAGCACAGAUGAUGACUCCAUGGUUGAACAGGGUCUCAUGCGUACGGCAGACAGAUCGGAAUCUUCAACCGCCGCCGCCGCCACAGCCGCCACCGACACCUCAUCAACUUCUUCUUCACCUUCAAGAACUAAUAAUUCACUCAAAGAUACUUCUGUCAUGCAAAAAAAGUUUCAGAAGCUUAGUAGAAAUGUGUCUGAAGCCAUUGCAUCUUUGAAAAACUCAUUGAAUCUUGACCCGGCCCGUGAGUCUAACCCGACCCGGAUCGAUAAUACUUGCAGGAAACAUGUUUGGGGAAGUGUUGUUAGGAAUUUGACUCAACUUUAUCCGGGAAGUCAACUCCCUGAAAAACUUGUUUCUAAUAUUAGAAAGCAUUAUGAUUCUUUACCAUUGAGUUAUGCCCAAGCAGGGUUUGAAAUGAAGGAUGUAUUUUUGCAUGUAAGAUUAAUAGAGCAAGCAUCUGCUGAUGACCAACCAGCUAUUAUGAUCCAAGACAUUUCGGAAGAUGAAAUUCAAGGGUCUGUUUACAAGCUCACAUUUGCUUCUAAUUCAUCACUUUCAUGGCCAGCAAUGUCAGUAUCAUUAGAUAGUGCCUCAAUUAGCUGCAAAAAAAUACAAAUCUUCGAGAAAAAGAGCUUCACGUUAGGAGUCAUUCUUCUUUUAGUACAGCCAGGGCAACAGAAAAUGUCCAAAUCGCAUAUUGAAAAUGCAUUAAAAUCAGCUUUGAAGAAGCCUAACAAAACUAAUUCAAUGAAACUCCCCUUCGGGCUUUGUGGCUGUCAAGAAGAGGGAGGUACAAAAGGGAAAGAAUUUGGAGAAAUCGAAGAUGAUUCAAGUGACCAAAAUUACCGAAAUGGGGUUGAAAAUUUAACUCCGAGUUCAUCAAAGCUAAAACUUCAAUUACCUUUAUCGAGCUCUUCAAUUGUAAUAUCAGUUGACGAGUGGCAAACUGUUCAAUCCGGGGCAGAUGAGAUUAAAAAGUGGUUAUUAAAUCCUGAUAGCUUGGAAUUUAUUGAUCAAAUUGGAGUUGGUACAUUUAAAGGGACGUAUAAAGGUAAAAAAGUCGGGAUUGAGAAACUAAAAGGGUGUGAGAAGGGAAAUUCAUAUGAGUUUGAGAUCCGAAAAGAUCUUCUAGAGUUAAUGACGUGUGGACAUAAGAACAUUUUGCAAUUUUAUGGCGUAUGCAUUGAUGAUGUUCAUGGUUUAUGUGUUGUGAAUAAGUUGAUGGAUGGUGGAUCGGUUCAUGAUCGGAUCAUGGUGAAGAACAAAAAGAUUCAAGUAAAAGAGAUUGUGCGAAUUGCUUCUGAUGUAGCAGAAGGGGUUAAGUUCAUGAAUGAUCAUGGCGUUGCUUAUAGAGACCUUAACACACAGAGGAUUUUACUGGAUAAAAAUGGAAAUGCAUGUUUAGGGGAUAUGGGUAUCGUUUCUGCUUGCAAGAAUACUGGAGAGGCUAUGGAAUAUGAAACUGAUGGCUACCGUUGGCUUGCUCCUGAGAUCAUUGCUGGUGAUCCAGAAACCGUAACAGAGACAUGGAUGAGCAAUAUUUUUAGUUUUGGCAUGGUCGUAUGGGAGAUGAUAACCGGAGAGGCGGCAUAUGCUGCACUCUCGCCCGUUCAAGCAGCUGUGGGGAUUGCCGCAUGUGGGCUCAGACCAGACAUCCCAAAAGACUGCCCACAACACCUCAGAUCUCUAAUGAACAAAUGCUGGAACACUAACCCUUCCAAACGCCCUACUUUUUCUGAGAUUCUUUCACUCCUGGCUAGACCCAACAACACUACUAGGUGACAACAAAAUAUUGAUGUUUAGUUAGCAAUUUAGCAUACAAAAUGUAUUUUGUGAAAUUAGAAAACUUAAUAUAUAAAGGUGUUCAUACUGCCCACCCAUUGUUUCA